ACAAAUUUUUACAAAUUACACAUGUGAACAUAGAAGCUUCAAUUUUACACAUCUGUCGCCAGUAUUCAUUUUAAUUUCACAAAUAGUACCCGGCUAGAGUAAAAUUCCAAAAUGACGAACACAACUAAUCAACAAAGAAAUGUAGAAAAUGCCGGCAAAGCUAAAAACCCGUUGGAGGCUGUGGAAAAUGCCUUCCAAUUUACGGCAAAGAAUGGAGCAGAAUACAAACUUUAUUGUCGCACAAAAGGUGAUAUGGAUGCAAAAACAUUGAAAUGGGCCUUUAAGUUAGCGGAGCGUAAUGUGGGUCCAUUUUAUAAGGCUUUAAAAAUGGGAUGGCAACCAAAGGUAAAGCAGAAUGAUUUGAAUAAAAAAUGGGCACGCUAUUUAGUAGCAACAGAUAAAAGCGGACAACCCGUUGCCUACACUAUGUUUCGCUUUGACAUGGACUACGGUAACAGCGUGCUAUACUGCUAUGAAAUGCAGAUUGAAGCAGAAUCUCAACGCCAAGGACUUGGUAAGUUCAUGAUGAACUUACUGGAACAGUGCGCCCAACAUUGGCACAUGGAUAAAGUUGUGCUCACAGUGUUGAAAAAUAAUACCAAUGCCACAGCUUUCUUUAAAACAAUCGGCUACAGCUUGGAUGAGACAUCGCCUGACAUAUUAGAAAAGGCGGAAUAUGAGAUAUUAAGCAAGAUAUUAGUAUAAGUUUACCUACUAUGACAAAAUAAGACACAUAUUUGCUAAAUUUUAA